UUCUCCGUUAAAGAGAAACCUCUCCUGACUCUCUCAAUUGUUUCUUCAUUUCCCGGCGAAGAACAAAAACAGCAUCUAGUAGAAAAUAAUCAUGAAUCCAGAUUCCGAUCAUCCUCAGCUUCCCAACAUCAAGAUCCAUCACCCUCCUUCACCACGUCACUCUCACCAUCACCACUCCUCUUCCACUCCCUCCUCCGCCGCAACUCCAACUCCAACCGCCGGAGCUCGUCGAAAAAUCGGAGUCGCCGUUGAUCUCUCUGAAGAAAGUUCUUUGGCCGUUCGUUGGGCUGUGGAUCACUACAUCCGUCCCGGAGACGCCGUUGUUCUUCUCCACGUUUCUCCAACCUCCGUCCUCUUCGGUGCUGAUUGGGGUCCUCUCCCUCUCAAAACUCAACCUUCUGUUGAAGAUCCAAACUCUCAGGGAUCGCAGCCUAGCCAAGAGGAUUUUGAUGCUUUUACUUCAUCCAAAGUUGCGGAUCUAGCGAAGCCGUUGAAGGAAUUAGGGUUUCCGCAUAAGAUCCAUAUAGUGAAAGAUCAUGAUAUGAGGGAGAGACUAUGUCUUGAGAUUGAGAGGCUUGGUCUUAGUGCUGUCAUUAUGGGAAGUAGAGGUUUUGGUGCUGAGAAAAGAGGAAGUGAUGGGAAGCUUGGAUCCGUUAGUGAUUACUGUGUUCACCACUGUGUUUGCCCCGUUGUUGUGGUGAGAUAUCCUGAUGAUCGUGAUGGACCUGUGCCUGUUGUUACUGUCAAGUCUGGUGGAGAUGAUGAUGAAGAUGUUGUUGCUGCUUCUGCUCAUCAUGAACACAUCAAAGAUGAGUGAUGCUUCUUGGGAUCUCGUCAGGUUUUCACCCUCUUUGCAUCGUCUAGGUACACGAAUCAAGUAGGGGUGUUUGCGGAAUGUUCGGUGGAGUGUUUGAGUGUGUGGUCUAUCUUUUAGUCACGAUGUCGAUGAAUUUCUCUUUGUCUCUAUUGUGUGAGGUUGAAUGUUGGGUCUGUUUAGAUUUUUAGUUAACAUCAAAUAAAGAUUUGGUUGAUAUAUGGUUUGGUUUAACUUCUUGGAAUUUAAGGAUUGAAAUAUUGAAAGA